CGAAAUUUAAUAUUCUGUUUAUAAAAUGUACUAAACUUUAGUCAAUCGAAAAUGUGCGCAUGCGCAUAAUGAUGCGCACGAAAAUCUUACAUCUCUUUCUUUUGAUUGCGUAAGAAUGAGAAAUCCUCAGUCCUCAGUGUGCGACACGCGGCUGCUUACACAUACACGCGAAACGAGUAUGCCUGUACGUAGCGCGGACAAAACACUCGAGCUUGUGCGUGUCCAUACACGUUUCUGCCGGUGUGACACAGUAAGUGUGAAACUUCCAGUGAGAGCUACCUUGACAAAGUGAGACAACCUUUCAACGAUUUUUGUAUAAACAUUUGAGACUACUUUUUACGACCUAUUGCUGUCAAUCGAAGGAUACAACGAUCGCAAAAUGCCAUUAUUCAAAGUAGAAUCACCUACUCACAAAAGAAUCAUGAUAAAAGCAAAUAGUAUAUCCUAAAUAAUUGAAAUUGCAAUAAAAAAAUUAAAACUUCCUGAAGACAAUACUUACAAGUUACUUUUACAAAACGAUGGAACAGAGAUAGAUGAUAAUGAUGUGCUACUGGAAUAUGCAGAACAAUCUAAAGAUAAGAUUGUUUUAACAAUUUUAGAUAUAAACAUGUUGUUAUGUUUGGAAUUACCGCCAUAUGCAUUUCGCACACUACACCCGUGUACCUCUCUCGACCAAUAAGAAGCCGCCUUUCUUUUCAUGAUCACUGACCCAUCUAUAUUAUCCGGUAACCUUCCGGGCCUUCCCAGAGAGUCAAUCUAUGUAUUCAGUCUUUUUCUUUUAGUCUGUCUGUAUCCCGUAACAAUAAACUCGGCAUUGCAUUAUAAAUAUCCCUCUUGCUUAAUUGUGAAUCACCCACACCCACAAAGUAAGAGAUACAACAGUGGUGUCAGCAGUGGAAUGAGAUCAAUCAGCAAAACAGCAAGCGUGCAAAAUGUCGUUAACACCCGAAGCGUUGAUGGCAUUGUCGACCGCCUUCACGGAAGCGAUUCGAGAAGCAACACGAAUGGCCGCGGAAUCGACAACGGGGACCACAACCUCCACGCACUCAAAGCCACCAUCGUUUAAAAUAAGUGAAUAUCGAUCCUCUGAUGGGGCCACCGUCGAAGAUUAUUUUAAACGGUUCGAGUGGGCACUCAAAUUAAGUAAAAUCGCCGAAGAACAUUGGGCCAACUUCGCUCGCGUUCACAUGGGAACAGAGCUCAACCAGGCACUCAAAUUCUUGGUAAGCCCACGAUCACCUGAAGAUCUCACAUUUGAGCAAAUACGGGAUACCCUUAAGAACCAUAUAGAUCGCGCUAAAAAUAAAUUUGCGGAAAGCAUCCGAUUUCGGAAAAUCUGCCAACAAAAAGACGAAACGGUAGCAAGUUUUGCUCUUCGUUUACGGCAAGGUGCAGUUCACUGCGAGUACGGAGAAUUUCUCGACAGAAUGCUAAUAGAACAAUUAUUGCAUGGGCUCGAAUCUAGUGACACGUGCGACGAAAUUAUAGCAAAGAAACCGGCAACUUUUGACGCGGCAUUUGAUAUCGCACACACUCUUGAAGCAACUCGACUUACCGCUAAUGAGGUUAAAACUACGAUGACACCAGCUCCCGAAGCUACGCAUAAACUAGGUUAUACACAACCGAAAAAAAAGUACGGCAACAAACAAGGACGCCAGAGAUCAUCAUCACGCAAUCGACAGCAGCAAUACCAACACAAGCAGAAAGAUUUCUCAAAAAAGAAGCAGGACCAGCGAUGCCAAGGAUGUGGUAGAGACCAUCCACGGAGUCAAUGUCAAUUCCGAGAUGCCGAAUGUCAUAAUUGCGGUAUUAAGGGACACAUCGCUACAGUGUGUCGAUCCAAGAAGAAAGAAAAAUCCGAUCAAGUUUCUGACGCACUCGUACCAGCAGAUCACGUCGAUUCUAUUCAAUACUUCAACAAGGUCAAUGACAUCAACACUUCCAACCUAGCACGGAAACGAAUGAUCAAUGUCUCGAUCGAUGGCCAUAAUUUAGAGAUGGAGCUGGAUACUGGAGCACCCUGCGGUAUCGUAAGUAAAAAAAUGUUACAUACCAUUAAGCCUACAUGUUUGUUGCAGAAAACCGAUAGACAGUUCGCCAGUUAUACGUCUCACAAAAUCAAUUGUAUUGGACGACUGCCAGUCAAUGUCACAAUUGGCCGAACUACCAAGAGGCUUAAUUUAUACGUGGUGGAUGGUAAUUUCGAUACGCUCAUGGGUCGAGAAUGGAUCUCACACUUCACCCACGAAAUAGAUUUCGCAAAACUAUUCUCAUCGCCAGACGGGAUUCACGCGGUGUCAACGGUACCGCCCUGUCUUACCGCAGAGCAAAAAGGUCAGCUAGAUCAACUCCUGAAUCGAUUUCAAGAUGUAUUCGACGACGUAGCAGGGAAGCUAUCGGGCCCGCCUGUCAAGAUACAUUUGAAACCAGAAGCGACACCAGUCUUCGCCAAAGCACGUGAAAUACCUUACGCACUCCGUGAUGCUUACGCGAGGGAAAUCGAUGCGAAAAUCAAGUCAGGACUCUACAAAAAAGUCGAUUAUUCAGAAUGGGCGUCGACUACGCACGUUGUAACGAAGAAAAAUGGCAAAAUCCGCAUCACGGGUAAUUACAAGCCAACACUUAAUCCGCGUAUCAUUAUAGAUGAACAUCCGAUCCCGAGGGCUGAGUCAAUAUUCAAUCAAAUGAGAGGCGCAACAACCUUUUGUCAUCUCGAUAUUACAGAUGCGUAUUCACAUCUUCCUGUGGAUGAGGAAUUCAGUCACGCGCUUACGCUUAACACACCUACACAUGGCUUGAUUCGACCGACACGCGCAGUGUACGGCGCCGCAAAUAUUCCAGCUAUCUGGCAACGACGGAUGGAGUCUGUCCUCCAAGAUCUUCCUAAAGUACGCAAUUUUUUCGAUGAUGUACUACUUUUCGCCGAUAACUUUGCCGAUCUAAUGAUAACCUUGGAAAAAACGCUGGAAAGAAUGCGCUCUCAUGGUUUACGACUCAAUCGCACGAAAUGCGUCUUCGCAUCACCCUCUGUGGAAUUUCUAGGACAUAAGAUCGACGCUCAGGGCAUCCACAAAUCGGAUAAACACAUUGAGGCAAUCCGAGAUGCGCCGAAACCGUCAACGCAUGAAGAACUCCAAUUAUUUCUGGGGAAAGCCACAUACUACAAUGCAUACAUCCCGGAUCUUUCGACGAGAGACCGUCCGCUGCGAGAUAUACUUCGUCAGGAGACUUUCAAAUGGACGCCUGCUGCAGAAAAGGCAUUUAAGGAAAUCAAAACAGCAUUGAUAUCACCUCAAGUCCUUAUGCCAUACGACCCGUCGCUACCUCUACUUUUGGCAACCGAUGCCAGCAAAACAGGCUUGGGCGCGGUACUCUCACAUCGUCUCAGCAAUGGUCGGGAGCGACCAAUAGCUUAUGCCAGUCGUACGAUGACUACUACAGAACAGAAAUACCCACAGAUCGACAAAGAAGCGCUUGCCAUCGUCUGGGCUGUACAGAAGUUCUUCCAUUAUCUCUACGCUCGUCAUUGGACCUUGAUCACUGAUCACAAGCCACUAACUCAAAUCCUUCAUCCAGAAAAAUCGCUACCGGUGCUAUGUAUUAGCAGAAUGGCUAAUUAUGCAGACUAUUUAGCUCAUUUCGACUUUGAUGUGAUUUUCAAAUCCACGAAAGAGAAUACUAACGCUGAUUAUUGUUCCAGAGCAUCACUAUCAUCAACGAUUAACGCCAUACAGGAUUCUUCGCCACGAGAGAAGGAAGAGUUCGAUGGAGAUGAAUUCGAUCACUUCAUCAUUAAGCAAAUUAAGCAAUUACCAAUCGACGCGGAACAAAUCGCUCGAGAAACAAGAAAGGACCCUGCACUCGGAAAAAUUAUCAAAUUACUAGAAACAGGACAAAACCUCGAACGUGCAGGUUACAAAGCUCCGGAGUCAGCCUAUAAACUGGCCUCUAAUUGUUUGGUGUUCGAACAUCGUGUCGUGAUACCACUCGUGCUACGGAAAGCAAUGCUGGAUGAUCUACAUGCGGCACAUUUAGGUAUCGUUAAAAUGAAGGGAAUGGCACGAUCAUUUAUUUAUUGGCCUGGCAUCGAUCCGGAAAUUGAACGUACUGCGAAAUCAUGCGUUGAAUGUGCUAAACAUGCACAUGCUCCCCCAAAGUUUCGUCAGCAUCACUGGGACUACCCCAAAGGACCGUGGGAACGUAUCCACAUCGAUUACGCCGGUCCCGUCGCUGGAAUGAUGCUCUUGAUUGUCUCCGACGCAUUUAGCAAAUGGCUUGAAGUCAAGGCGACCAACUCGAUGACGACGGCUGCAACAAUUGCCAUUCUUGAUAACUUAUUCACAGCUCACGGUGUUCCUACCACUGUAGUUUCAGACAAUGGAACGCAGUUUACGUCAUCUGAAUUCAAAUCGUUCUUACAAACCAGUGGCGUUAAAUACCACAAGUUAACAGCGCCUUAUCAUCCCUCCACCAAUGGACAAGCCGAACGAAGUGUGCAGACAGUCAAAGCUGCCCUUCGUGCCAUGGGGACUACUCGUAGUACACUUCAAGAGGAUCUAAACAGAUUCCUUCGUCAUUAUCGCAUCGCACCACACUCAACUACGGAACAAUCACCAUCACAGCUAUUCCUCGGUCGAACAUUACGAACACGCUUGGAUUUGGUUCGACCUGAUGACGUCUUCACAAAAGUUACUCAAAAGUGGAACUCACAGUUUGUUCCAACGUUUCGCUCACUGAAGCCAACUCAAGUCGUAUAUUUCCUUUCGGGAAAUCCUAGGAUGGAUAAAUGGAUCCGAGGAAUUAUCACGACUCGUCUGGGAGACCUUCAUUACGAGAUUGAUUACAACGGUCGAAGAUUCAAACGCCAUAUAGAUCAAAUUCGAGGACAUGAAGAAGGUAAGACGACAGAGCAAUCCAAUGUUACUCCAGCACCCGAUGUGAGUAACAAUUCGGAAAGCCGUCAACCCCGGCGAGUACGAUUCUAUCCGGAUACUUCGGAAGCACACACACCGGUGGCACCUACGAACGCAAAAAUACAGUCGUCUCCAGUGCCACAACCAAGGACUUCGACUCGUACAACAACGGUUUCAGAACAGAUCCCAUCAACAGCAUCCGAUAGAGGCGUUAUAAGAAACGGGCACGCCUCACCUCCAGUUCUUCCUCGGAGAUCGACAAGGGAUCGUCGUCUUCCGAACAGAUUCUCUCCAAGUCGCUAA